CGGCGGCCGGGACAGGCGCGGGGAUGCCUCCUCUGCUGAGCGGGGGCCACCUGCGCGUGGUGCUGGCUCGCGCCCGCCGCGCAAGGCUGUCAGCCGCGCCCCGCAGGACCUCGGGCGGUGCGGGCUGCGCGCGGGACACCCCUGCCGGAUCCGGCUUGCUGCGGGGAGAGCUGGACAGGUUCGGGGGCGUCACGGUGCGCCUGGCGCGGCUGGACAGCCUGGACGUCGCCGCCUUCCAGAGUGGCCUGCAGGCUGCAGUGCAACGGUGGAGAUCGGAAGGCAGAAUAGCAGUCUGGCUGCACAUUCCCAUCCUGCAAAGCCGAUUUAUUGCACCGGCCGCUGCCCUGGGCUUCCGCUUUCACCACGCAGAAUCGGAUUCAUCCACGCUGACGCUGUGGCUGGGAGAGGGGCCCAGCCGACUCCCAGGAUAUGCUACACAUCAAGUGGGAGUCGCAGGAGCUGUAUUUGAUGAAAAUACUAGAAAAAUAUUGGUUGUACAAGAUCGAAAUAAAUUGAAAAAUAUGUGGAAGCUCCCAGGAGGCCUGUCAGAGCCUGGAGAAGAUAUUGGAGACACAGCAGUCCGAGAAGUUUUUGAGGAGACUGGUAUAGAGUCCGAGUUCAGGUCCCUCCUGAGCAUCCGGCAGCAGCACGCCCACCCAGGGGCUUUCGGAAAGUCGGACAUGUACAUCAUCUGCCGCCUACAGCCCCGGUCCCUCACCAUCCGUUUCUGCCAGCACGAAUGCCUGCGGUGUGAGUGGAUGGGGCUCACCGAGCUGGCCAGGACCGAAAACACCACCCCCAUCACCAGCAGAGCUGCUCGGCUGCUGCUGUACGGGGCCAGGGAAGGCUUUGACAAGAUCGACCUGACCGCCGAAAAACUUCCGGCGGUUUACACAGGCUUGUUCUAUAAACUCUAUCACAGGGAACUGCCCGACAGGUACAAAACGAUGACAGGGCUGAAUUAAAUUCAUAUUUACAUGUUUAAAAUUUGUAAGUAAAUUGUACACGUGGAUUAAUGAGUGCCAUAUUAUGAGAGUAGAGGACAUUUUGGGUUAACUAAAUAUCUAACUUUAAUUUUCUAAUGUGUGUAAGUGAGUGCCCUGAAAAAAUCUGUUAAGUGUGCACAUAAGCUUCUUUUCAAAUGAAGCAAAUGUAUGAAAAAGAUUGUAGCUCUAAGUAAGCUUCACUGGAUAAAGGCAAAUGCUAUUGAAAAGGUGGAA